AUGCCUUUUGAAAUAUACACUGAACAGGAUAUUAUUAGCGCUAGCAAUAUUUUCUGUGUCGAAACCAUUACCUGCUCUCACUCUCUCUCUCUUUCUGUGUCGAAACCAUUACCUACUCUCUCUCUCUCGCUCUCUUUUUGUAAUGCUCCCUCUCUCUCUCUCUCACACUUUCUGUGUCGAAAUCAGGUAAUGCUCUCUUUCUCUCUCCCUUUCUGUGUCGAAAUCAUUACCUGCUCUCUCUCUCUCCCUUUCUCUGUCGAAAUCAUUAACUACUCUCUCUCUUUCUCUGUCGAAAUCAUUACCUGCUCUCUCUCUCUCACUCUCUCUCUCCAUUUCUGUGAAAUCUCUCUCUUUCUCCUCUCUCUCUCUCUCCCUUUCUCUCUCUCCCUUUCUGUGUCAGAAUCUCUCUCCCUUUCCGUGUCGAAAUCAUUACCUGCUCUCUCUCUCUCCCUUUCUCUGUCGAAAUCAUUACCUGUUCUCUCUCUCUCCCUUUCUGUGUCGAAAUCAUUACCUGCUCUUUCUCUCUCUCUCUCCCUUUCUGUGUCGAAAUCAUUACCUGCUCUCUCUCGCUCCCUUUCUCUGUCCAAAUCAUUAUAUGCUCUCUCUCUCUCUCUCCCUUUCUGUGUCGAAAUCAUUAUCUGCCCUCUCUCUCUCCCUUUCUGUGUCGAAAUCAUUACCUGCUCUCUCCCUCUCCCUUUCUGGUUGAAAUCAUUGCCUCUCUCUCCUUUCUCCUCUGCUCUCUCCUUUCUGUGUCGAAAUCAUUAUCUGCUCUCUCUCUCUCCCUUUCUGUGUCGCUCUCUCUCUCUCCCUUUCUGGUUGAAAUCAUUACCUGCUCUCUCUCUCUCCCUUUCUGUGAAAUCAUUACCUGCUCUCUCUCUCCCUUUCUGUGUGAAAUCAUUACCUGCUCUCUCUCUCUCCUUUCUGUGUCGAAAUCAUUAUCUGCUCUCUCUCUCUCCCUUUCUGUGUCGAAAUCAUUACCUGCUCUCUCUCUCUCCCUUUCUGGUUGAAAUCAUUACCUGCUCUCUCUCUCUCCCUUUCUGUGUCGAAAUCAUUAUCUGCUCUGUCUCUUCCUUUCUGUGUCGAAAUCAUUACCUGCUCUCUCUCUCUCUCCCUUUCUGGUUGAAAUCAUUACCUGCUCUCUCUCUCUUUCUCCCUUUCUCUGUCCAAAUCAUUACCUUCUCUCUCUCUCUCUCUCCCUUUCUGUGUCGAAAUCAUUAUCUGCUCUCUCUCUCCCUUUCUGUGUCGAAAACAUUACCUGCACUCUCUCUCUCUCCCUUUCUGUAUCGAAUUCAUUACCUGCAUUCUCUCUCUCUUCCUUUCUGUGUCGAAAUCAUUACCUGCUCUCUCUCUCUCUCUCCCUUUCUGGUUGAAAUCAUUACCUGCUCCCUCCCUCUCUCCCUUUCUGUGUCGAAAUCAUUACCUGCUCUCUCUCUCUCCCUUUCUCUGUCGAAAACAUUACCUGCUCUCUCUCUCUUUCUCUGUCGAAAUCAUUACCUGCUCUCUCUCUCUCUCCCUUUCUGUGUCGAAAUCAUUACCUUCUCUCUCUCUCGCUCCUUUUCUCUGUCGAAAACAUUACCUGCUCUCCCUCUCUCCCUCUCUCUGUCGAAAUCAGGUAAUGCUCUCUCUCCCCGUUUCCCUGUCGAAAACAUUACCUGCUCUCUCUUUCUUUCUCUGUCGAAAUCAUUACCUGCUCUCUCUCUCUCCCUUUCUCUGUCGAAAACAUUACCUGCUCUCUCUCUCCCUUUCUCUGUCGAAAUUAUUACCUGCUCUCUCUCUCUCCCUUUCUGUGUCGAAAUUAUUAUCUGCUCUCUCUCUCCCCCUUUCACUCAUUCAUAUAAAUUCAUUUUGUUGCUUUUUUGUCUUUGCCCUUCCAUCUUUGUUUCUUCAUUCAUCUCUCUCUCUCUCUCUCUCUCUCUCUCUCGCUCUCUCUCUCUCUCUGUACGACAUCCUCUUCUCUCUUUGUAUGCCCAUAUUUAUCCCUCCCUCACUCCUUCCCUCCCUGUAUCCAACUGUCCAUCCAUCUCUCUCGCUUUCCGUCUCUCUCCGUUCAUAUGUUUUGCUGUCUUUUCUGUCUAUAUAUCUCAAUUCAUCCAUCUAUCUCUCUAUUUGUCUAUCAGAUUAUUCAGCUUUCCGUUUAUCUUUUCCUAUAUCUUUUUGUCUCUCUGUAAGUCCUCCCAUCUCUCCAUCUGCACACAUCUCUUUCUACCUCUCUCUCUUUUCUGGCCACUAACCUCUCUAUUUUCUUUUUACCCACCCGUCCCUUUCUUUCUCUCUGUGGCUAUACAUCUGUCUGUAUUUCCAUUUCUUUUUAUCCUCAUUUCUUUCUCUUUGCUCAUCAACAUCUUUUAA